AUGAUAAACACAUCAUCCAGUGAUCUGAAGAAACAAGCAUCAGAUUUGUUAAAAGUCAGUGAGAAGCUUGUGUCAAUGUUGGUGAAGCCAACCAACAACUAUGAACAUUUCAGUUUUACUUGUGAUCCUGUAGAGGCACAAGUCUUUAUGGUUGGACCGCAUGUCACCUUAAAUAAAAUCCCUCAGCUCAACACAACAAAUGCUUCUAUAGACAUUGAUCUCAUUGGGAUCUCCAAGAACAACCUUAAUACAGGAUCAGCUGCUGUGGCUUUCAUGAGCUACAACACAAUGGAGGACCUACUGAAACCAGACUUCUUCAUCACAUCAGAUAACACAAAUAAAACAAUGAUGUCCACUGUCAUCUCAGCUACUCUUCCUAAAACCACCAACACAACCCUCACUAAACCAGUUAACUUCACCCUCAAACACACCAAAUUUCUAUCUGGAGGAAAUCUUUUCUGUGUGUACUGGAACAUCAGUGAGUGGAUUGUAGAUGGUUGCUCUGUUGUAAAGACCAACAGCAGCCACACUGUGUGUUCAUGUCGUCAUCUGUCAACAUUUGCUCUCAUCAUGGAAACCAGCGGCAGCACAUCAGAGGAUGAUGUUCCUCUGAUGGAGUUGUUGAAUGUGGUGUUUGUGAUCGUGGGUCUGGUGUUUACUAGUUUGGCUGUGUUGACUUUUUCUUUCUGUCGAUGGAAACCUGGAGUGAACAAUGUAGCUCGAAUCAACCUCUGCAUCAGUCUGCUGUGUGCUCAUCUUCUGUUCUUACUCACACAACAAUUCAUCAAUCUCAUAAAACCUCAAAGGGUGUGGUGUGCUGUGAUAUCAGGAGCUCUUCACUUCUUCUUUCUCUCCUGCUUUGUGUGGAUGUUCAUUGAAGCUGUGCUGCUCUUCAUCUGUGUGAAGAACCUAUCACAGAUCAGCUUCAAAUUUAAGGCGGUGCUUAGCCGCAGACUCUUGAUUGUGAUUGGAUAUGUGAUUGCUUUUGUUAUAGUGGGCGUGUCAGUGGCAUUUGUUCCUGAAGGCUAUGGCAGUGAAAAAUGCUGGAUUAAACGGGAGAAAGACUUCAUCUGGAGUUUUCUGGGACCUGUUUGCUUCAUUAUUGGAGUAAACACGAUUCUCUUCAUCAGUAUCAUCAUCAGUCUGAUGUUAACUCUCACAAAGCUGAAAGCUGAAGUUUCAUGGAUGAAACAAACCAAGAUUACCUUUUUUAAAACUCUGGCCCAGUUUGUGAUUUUUGGUUGUCCAUGGAUUCUGGGAUUUUUCAUUAACAACAAUCAGAUGAUGGAGAUUAUCUUCCUGAUCCUGAACUCACAGCAAGGAACCUUCAUCUUCAUCAUCCACUGUGUGCUCAAUCAUGAGGUCAGACAGCAGUAUGUGAAGUGGAUGACAGCUGCUUUCCCUGACACUAAAACCCAUAAGGAUAGAUUUUUUAGAUUUUUUUAGUCUAAUUUCUGUAAAUAUUACAGCUAAAGAUGUUAUAUAGUCUUUAUAGGUGUUAGUACUUUAGAUUCAAAUCUAAUAUUUAUCUCUGUUUAACUAUUGAAAUGUUUAGUUUCAGCAAGAUUUUCUUUAUAAAUUGUUUUGUAAAUUAGAAGCACAUAUCAAAGUGUCAAAAUUAUUACA